AUGCGGCUAUUCGAACGUUUGAAAGUUUUGUUCUAAUUCAAAGUCGAACCGUAUAUGUCUGUUCAAGAUUCACGAUAUGAUGACCGACGAGGAGUUUUAUCGAGUCUUUCGAGCGGAUCGCAGCCAAGUGCCAUCGCACGAGCUCGUAAAAUUGAAUCCACCGAUCACGCAGUUUAAACGAAGAUUAUCGAGCCAAGAUCGAUUUUUAUCAUUUACUGCCUUUGGUAGACACUAUGACUUGCAGUUGAAACUACGCGAUGACGUGUUACUUGGGAAAAACACGCCGAUAUGGCAUGUCAAAACUGAUCCUUUGAACUCUUCCAAAAUAGAGUACAAGCCGUUGAGAAAUGUGAGUCUAUAAAUAAGUGACAUUUCAAAUUCGACGUGUGAAUUUAAUAAUUUGUAAAAUCAAAACCAACUGCAUGUAGAUUUUGGACAGUAUCAAUGGAAUUUACCAAGAUUCCGUAAACAUGGUUUCGCUACUGGAAACCAAAUUUCAGAAAAACGGACAAGUCUUUUACGAUGGAACGAUUGCCGCGGAUUUAGCAAUAAGUCCUCUCCCUCAACGUUUGAUCGACAUGAUUGCAAACACGAGUAAUGAUGAUAAUAUUAAGGAUCACGUUAUUUAUAGAAUAGUUGCCGAGAACUCUACGAUAGAUUACACGCCACCUGCUGUCGAUAACAUGAGAAAAUACAGUAAAAAACAAAUCAGGCUACAACCGCUGAAAACUUUGUAUCCAGAAAUAUUGGUCGUAGUAGACGCCACGUUUUACAAGCAUUUGGGUGAGGAACCACUUCUAGCAAUGAAUUAUUUGGUGCCCUUCUGGAACGGUGUCGACCUGAGAUACAAACUUUUGAAAUCGCCAAGGGUUAAGAUUAACAUCGCUGGAGUAAUUUUAGCGCAGGACGAAACAUCGCUGCGUUACAUAUACGAUAAUUUAGACGAGACUGGACGAAUACAGGCAAAACAGGCUCUAAUAGACGCCGGGGAAUACUUCAGUACAAACGCUAAAUUCAUCCGAAACAAAGACGUAAUCGUGACGAUGACAAAGCGUGACAUAUGCAGUUUAAAAUAUGCCAACUACUGCAAGUCUUCAGCGUUAGGUAAGGCGUUUACUGGGAAGGCAUGUUCCAAGAAGAAAAAUACAGCAAUAUUCGAAGACAACGGAGGAUAUGCAGGGAUAAUCACAGCUACACACGAGAUCGGACAUUUACUCGGCUUACCUCACGACGGCGAAGACGAAGCAGCGGAUUGCUCGCAAAAGGACGGCUUCAUUAUGGCGAGUGCGAAAUUCCGCUCGGUGAACAGUCUUUGCUGGUCACCGUGCAGUAGGAAAAUUUUGGAGCAGUUUGCAAGCCUGACAGCUUCGAAUUGUUUGGAGAACAAACCUGAAAACUUGGGCGAACUUUUAGCCCAGACUCUGCCGGGAAAGGUGCUGACUCUGGAGGAACAAUGCCUUGCGCGCGGGGGGAAACCAUGCGUUUUCAAUGCUACCGUUUGCUGGAAAUUACACUGUACAAAAUCGAUGACGAACAUGAAAUGCGUUGGAAAGGCUCCAGCAGCAGAAGGUUCUUCAUGCGGAGAUGGACUGCACUGCAUAAAUGGCGAAUGCAUCGCCGAUAAGAGCGAGGGGUACCACAAUAACUAUCUUGUGAAACAUAUUUAAAUAUUUAUAAUGUUACUCGUGGAUUAUACGCUGUACAUACAUCAUAAUCGUUAAGUUUCGUAUCGAGAAUUUUUUUAUUUAGCGUGUAAGGUUAAUUCAUUUUGUAUAACAUUGGAGUAGUACUUUUUAAAAAAAUAUG